AUGUCAUUGAAAAUUGGCCAGCGCGUGGAGGUCCCCGUGAAGGAAUGCCAGGGCGUAAUAGCUUACAUUGGUCACCCGGCCUUCGCUCCCGGUAAAUGGAUCGGGGUGAUACUCGACGAACCGAAAGGAAAAAACAAUGGUUCCGUCAAGGGCCAAGUGUACUUUAAGUGCGCGGAGAAUUAUGGCAUGUUCGCGCGUCAGACGCAGCUUAUUCUGCUGGACGAAGCAGGUAAUCGAACAGAACCUGUCAGUCCAUCAUCGGCAGGUAGCAGUGCUACGACACCAGACGACAGUGGUGCUGCUAGAGCCAGGAGUCGCUUAAACAGCAUUAGUACACGUCGAAGGAAUGAGCCUACAGCUGUACGGAGAAAAACAUCUCCUGCGAAUGUUACUCGUCAGCAAUCUGAUAAACUUUCUGGUUCUCGAUUAUCCUUGACUGGAAGUAGAACAUUAUUAAAUGCCCCAAGUACCGAAAGUUUAACUGGAUCGCAACAUGAGCGCAGAGACGGCAGCGAGUCGUUGAUACCAGCACCUACUGCAACUUCAAAACGUGCCUCAUUUAUUGAGAAGUCCCCUAGCACGAGCUCGCCUCCCGGCAAAAAGCCAAAGGCCCAAGAUGAUCACAAUAAUACAGGUUUUGUAGAAACAUUGAAACCGCAAUUCGUGCCCGGUCAGGUGAUGGCAGGUUCGGCAGCGGCUGCGAACCUGGUUGAAGAGAAAUUGUCACAUCUGCAACUCGUGCAAGAAAAUGAUAACUUGAAAUCUCAAGUGCGUGAUCUUACUGAGAAAGUUGAAACGCUACGUGUAAAACGGAUGCAAGACAAGGAAAGAAUGAAAGAUUUCGAAAAGACGAAACUCCAAGUUGAACAGCUUCUUGAGUUUAAAGCUAAAGUCAUGGAGAGUCAAGCAAGUCUCCAAAGAGAACUUCAACGAGCUCGACAAGAAGCUAGAGAAGCUCACGUGGCGAGGGAACAGUUUCAAGAAGAAAUGUCCGAUCUUGCGGAGACAGUGGAAAUGGCUACAUUGGAUAAAGAAAUGGCAGAAGAAAAGGCGGAGACUCUUCAAAUCGAACUGGAACAACUGAAAGAAAAGUUGGAAGAGCAAACAUUGGAUCUGGAGAUAUUACGUACAGAAAUGUCGGAGCGGGCAGCCGGCGGUGGUGCAACAACGGGAGCUUCGAGUUACGAGAUCAAACAAUUGGAACAGCAAAACAACAGGCUGCGUGAGACACUGGUGAAAAUGCGCGAUUUGUCGGCGCACGAGAAACACGAAUUUCAGAAGCUGCAAAAGGACAUGGAUCAGAAAAAGUCGGAGAUUUUAGAGUUGGGACGUACGAAGGAGAAAUUGUCAGCGCGAGUUGAAGAAAUGGAACACCAAAUAGCGGAUCUUCAGGAACAAGUCGAUGCGGCAUUGGGAGCUGAAGAAAUGGUUGAGAUGUUAGGCGAAAAGAAAAUGGCGUUGGAGGAAAAAGUAGCCGAAUUGGAAGAAGCUGUCGCAGACUUGGAAGCUCUACAAGAUAUGUCCGAUCAAUUGGCCGAAUCGUCCAAAGAGUUAGAAUUAGAGCUUCGCGAGGAGUUGGAUCUCGCUCUUGGAGCAGCACGCGAAGCUCAACGACACAGGGACGCCGCACUGGAGACACUCGCGGAUCGCGAACUGACCAUCACUAAAUUCCGUGAACUCACGCAUCAGUUGCAGGAGCAAUGCUUACACCUGCAGCAGCGAGUUCAGUCGACAGAAUCCACGAAAACUAAUAUCCGAGGCGCGGAUCAGCAAUUGGCGGAGAUACUGGACUUCCAGAAAACGUUCGCCGAGACCCGAGCGCAAACCAAGGCAGUCGACUUGGAAUUACGUCGGUUAGACGCCGAAGAGGCGCGAAAUCACGUAUGCUACCUGUUGUCCUUUAUGCCUCCGGCAUUUUUGGCCCGCGGUGGAGAUCACGACGCGAUAUUAAUGCUCUUACUAAUACCGAGAAUGACGCAGAAAACGGAGAUUUUAAUCUCGCAAGUCAGAGAGAAAUAUAGAUCAAUCGAGAAAAUAGACAGAGCUUCUGUAGUAAGGGGUCACUCGGUAGCGCAAUACUCGUUCAGAUCUCGUCUGUGUUCGCACAUGUAUGCCUUGCAAACUACAUUGAGUUGCUUCGAGUCGGUCUUGAGCUCGUGCAGCGCCGAAAUGUUGCUCAAAGCGGGUGCGGCUUAUCCUGAAAUGGCAGCGCAGGAAAAAUCCCUAGAUUCACUAAUCGAGCUAGCUAAGAGAGAUCAGCUGGAUGAAAAUCUGCCGAUGGAUGCGAUUGAAAAGUGUUGUGGAUACUUCGCCACCAUGUUCUCCGUACUCUUUGGUGAGAGUACCGCCAUCAAUCAGGCGCGUUUGAUCGUCAAUGGUACGAGAACUCUGGGCAACACCUGCGAUGCCGUCGCUACCGAUGCAACGGCGAUUAAAACGCUGAUUCAAGGAGAAGGUGGCGAUGUAGCUUUGCUGUGUCAACAUGUCGAGACAACGUGUGAAGUGAUCCAGCAGCACUUGAAAUCGGCUAGAAGACGAGUACCGCGAGAUCACGCUGGUCCAGCGUUUUCUGUGGGCGCCAAUCUCGGAUUAGAUAAAGACUGCAACGAGCAAUUCUCAACGUGCUAUCAGCAUGCCGUAAAAAUGAUCAAGACGCUUCAGAAUCUAUUGAAGAGUGCUCUGCAAGCUAUUACUGAAAAUGGUGAUUUAGACAUGGGACUUACGGCAGAUAAAUUGAAAGAAAUGGCCGCGACGUCCAGCGAAAAGAUAUACGAUACGGAAGAUUUGGGACCUGUGGCCACUAUUAAGGCUAGCUUGACAGUGAUACAACAAUUGGCGGCAAAUCUGGCACAGAAGAUGGCCGAGUGUGAGAACGAAUUGGCUAUAAGUGGACAGGCGCAAAGCCAGUUACAGUCUGCGGAGAAUCAGCCGAUUACACCGAUCAUGGCCAGAGCAAAUGCAGUGCGAAAGGAAUCGGAAGAAACGAAAAUACUUGGCAGGAAACUCGAAGCGAGGGAUAGCGAUAUACGCGAAGUGAAAAUAACUUUGCGGGAGAAACAAGAGGAAUUGUCCGAAAUGAUACUGCGGAAGGAACUGGCCGAAAAGCGUCUUGCGACGCAGCAGCAUGAGCAUGAGAUGAACGUCGACAAGCUAAAGAGGAAAUUAGAAGAGGCACAAAAUCAGUUGAAACGCAAGGAAAAAGAAUUCGAAGAGACGAUGGAUCAUCUGCAAACUGAUAUCGAUAGUUUAGAAACAGAGAAGGGACAAUUGAAGGAAAAGUUGAAAUCAAUCGGCAAGAAAACGAUAUCGGUAUCCGGCACAGACAGCAUGGCAGCAAGUACUUCGAUAACCAGUACUUUGGACAAUAAAUAUUAUGUGCAGGAGAUAAGCGCUCUCAAGGAAGCUUUGAACAAUGAGCAUCAGCAGAGAAAGAAGAUACUAUGCGAUAUCCUACGUCAGAAAUUAGAGAGCUUGGAACCAUUGUCGUUACCGGCGAAUAUCAAGUCACCAGAUUCGACGAUUCAAGAAUUGCGAAAGAAAACUAACAGUCUCGUUAAGGACGUCGAGAAGACACUGGUAUAUCCGACAGUUCCAAAUUUAAGGCGUAAAGUGUCCGAGACAUCCUAUCAUUACUUGUUGGAACGACGAAAAAACAUUAUACAGUUGAAGGAACGAGCGGACGAAUUAGCGGCGCAAGUACGUCGUGAGGCUAUUAAGCGCACGCCAGGUGGUAGAGCCGAAGCAAAUUUCGCUGUAUAUCCGAAUCGUGAGAUGGCGGCGGCAAUGAAGGAACGCAAAUUACUUGUCGCCGAGAUAAAGAUUCCUCACAACGGGCCGCAACAGUCAUUCUCUGUUAAUGUAGGACCGCAAGAGCUUAGGAAAAUUCACGCACUGCUGUACUAUUAAGAAGCCACGCUUUAUUAUUAACAUCUUGAUGAUAAAUUGCAAAAGUAUCAAGAUAUAUCGUGCAAAAGACUAUCCUUUUCUAGCAAUCUUUUCAUCAUAGCGACGUACUCUUUUUGUACUCUGUUGCUGUAUGCUGUCGCGUUUUACGACACGGAGACGCGAUCUAUCUAAUUAUACGUAUUAUUGGAAUAAUUCGGCGUUAACUAGGCUUUUAUACGAAGAAUUUCUUCAAUUCAUCCUUGCUACGUAAAAGGUACAGGGCAGAUCUAGUAAUCUAGUAAUGUGCACUCGUGCAAUGUUUAUUUAUUUACGAUGAGCUACAGCGCGAUGACCGGUGCAUCCCAGCUGAGACUUUUUUUUUUGUUUUUUUUUCCUCGUUCAUUACGUUAUAAACGCAAUGUUAUUUAGUAUUAACAAUUCAGAAGAGAGAAAUCGUGUGCCUCCGCGGCUUUUCCGUAUUAUGUAUAUAUAUGUAUAAUGUCUUUAAGAAUUGUCAAAUAUAUAUAUAUAUAUAUAUGAUCUAAAAAUAUUUACACACACACAAUUAUUCUUGGUGUACGUAUAUCCUAAAUGACCUAAGUGGUGAUGGUAUCACAAUAAUAGAAAGUAGUGUGGUCUUACAAAGAACACGCCACCUACCUUCCCAAUCAUCAUACACUUUCACUGUGCUGUAUAUUACGCGCAACGGUCGAUCGUAAAUAUUAUAUCACUUAUGAUUAAUAUGAGAAACAGAACAUUUUAUAGUACAAUAUUUCAGUUUGUUUUAUUUAUAGAGAUAAAAGGAGCAAUAAACCGUUGAUGUAUUCAUCUCA